AUGGGCGUUGAGUUUUCAGUGAAUCCAUUCGGGAUUCCCUCUAACUUUAAUGCAGCAUCGGUUUACACCACUCCGGUGACUGCAAUUUCGUCGGUUUUGGUGAAAGGCUUGGAUCGCAUUUUCAGCUACAAGACUUUCUCAGAACCAGACUUGUUUGACGAAGCAUUGAAGAAAUGGGCGCACAAAAACAGCGAUGUGAAACUGCAGCUGGAUGAACUGCAACUGAGAUCUGGUGCUGGUCUUGCUCCCUUGGGUUUUGCUAAGGGCGAAAAAUCAGUGUUCGGAAUUAUUGUACCGGGCUACGGUCUUGGCUACUUGGCCAACAGUUUUCAGCGUGAAACGGACUUCGACAGCCGUUUUCUGCUGAAUGUGGGUGCCAUCGAUUACGAUGAAAGUACCGGUCAAGUGGUGAGUGAUUUUGUCACGCCGCUAAAAACUGCCUCUGCUCUAGGAUUCCCUGUAGUCUCCGCCAUCGCAGUCGACGAAGUUAAGCAAACCACUUUGUUGGCGCUGGCUUUGGCUAAAUUCGGAGUACCAUUGGCAGCCGUGAACCUGUUUGACGGUCCAAACUAUGCCAAAUCGGUCUCGCACAUUCAAGAGCAGCACGACCAAAUAAUCAUCUCUGAGAUGUCCAAAUCGCUGCCAAUGGGAUCUUCUUUCGACCGCAUUUUGGACAAGUUCAACGAUUUAGCGAAAACCAAACUUCACAACUUCCAGUACUUCGGCGACGAAUCUGCUGAAACUGUGUUCAUCACGUUCGGUAACGUGGAGUCAGAGCUUUUCAAAACCUGUUUGUCUGUUACGCAAGGCAAUGUGGGGCUUAUUGCCAUCAGAAUCCCUCUGCCAUUCGACUCCGACAAGUUUGCAGCCAUGAUUCCCAAAUCCGCCAAAAACAUUGUGGUCGUUGGCCAAUCUGUGGACGGUAGAUCUCCGACCUAUUUGAAAUCACAAGUGUCUGCUGCCCUUUUCCUUCAUGGGGUCAGGUCAGUCAAGUUGUCGGAAUAUUUAUACCUGCCAACAUUCGUGUGGUCGUUGGAAGCCGCGAGACAGGUAGUUACAUCCUUUGUCCCUGCGUUCAACGAAGUGACGGCUCAAGCUGGCAAAAAAGAGUUUAUUUUCUGGAUCUCUGACUCAAGUGCCAACCUCGAUGUUACUGCAAGAAUUGCUCAUGCCCUAUCUAUGGUCGACAACCAGCAAGUCUCUUUCAGAACUAAAUUUGAUAACAACGCAAACGGCGGUGUUUUUCAUGCUCAAAUUACUUCAGGUCUCAACGGCAACCCUCUAUCACUGUCGAACAUCGACCGUGCAGAUGUAUCUGUCGUUGAAAACUUGUCGGUCUUGAACGCGUUCGAUGUCACCAGCACAUGUAAGGAGAAUGGUACCAUUCUGGUCCUGAGCGAGAAAUCCUUACAGGACAAGGAUAUUUCGGAUGCAAAGGUGCUUACUGAGGAGUUAAAGCUACCUGCUUCUUUCUUGAACCAAAUUUUGAGCAAGAACAUCAAGCUUGUCUUUUUGGAUCUUGAGACCAUUGGCGACAGAGAGGAGACUAAAGGCAGAACUUCUUCUUUUGUGUCACAAGCUGCUUUCUGGAAAUACUCUUACAAUUUACCUAUUGCAGAAAGUGUACGUCGCAUUUGGAGUUCAGCCGGCUCUGAUAUUGAACUUUUGGCAGCUGUUUUGUCCGAAACCAUCAGUACUGCAUUUGAAGUUGGCCUACGUGAAGUAUCCUUCGAGGAGAUGAAGAAAUCUGUUACUUCUGUGAGCGCAGAUGAGUCGCAAGAAGAACUUUUGCCUUCGCUACCUGUUGAAACCUCCUUUAGACCUAAUCCAAGGAAGGGCGCCGAUCCGGUCCAGGCCGGUACUGUUAGUAUUUCUGACUUGUCAAAACAAUUGAGUUUCAAGGAAGCCUUCGCAACGCAAUCUUCGCUAAGGCCAGACUUGCCUGUCAAGAACUAUAUUGUCAAGGUCAAAGAAAACAGACGUGUUACCCCAGCUGAUUACGACAGAUACAUCUUCCACAUUGAAUUUGAUAUUUCUGGCACGGGAAUGACCUAUGGUAUUGGUGAGGCUUUGGGAAUCCACGCCAGAAACAACGUCGAUCUCGUCCGCGAAUUUUUGAACAACUAUGGCUUGAAUGAGCAGGACGUUAUCCAGCUUCCAAACAGAGAUGACGGACAACUUUUGGAGAGCAGAACUGUUCUCCAGGCCUUCACCGAAAACUUGGACAUUUUUGGAAAACCCCCAAAAGCAUUCUAUCAGUCCUUGAUCGAAUUCGCAGCAAAUGAAGAUGAAAAGAAGAGAUUGGAAGACCUAAUUUCGCCCUCAGGCGCUGUUGACUUGAAAAAGUAUCAGGACGUCGAGUACUACAGUUAUGUUGACAUUUUCGAACUGUUCCCUUCUGCCAAACCCUCACUGGAAGACUUGAUCCGCAUCAUCGCUCCUUUGAAGAGAAGAGAAUACUCGAUUGCGUCCUCGCAGAGAGUUCAUCCCCAUGAAGUGCACUUGUUGAUUGUCGUUGUGGAUUGGGUUGAUAACAAGGGUCGUAAGCGUUUCGGACAAGCUUCUAAAUACAUUUCGGAGCUUGCUGUUGGUACCGAGCUUGUGGUUAGCGUUAAACCAUCGGUCAUGAAGUUGCCAUCAUCGCCAGAACAGCCUGUGAUUAUGAGUGGUUUGGGAACUGGUCUUGCUCCUUUUAAAGCGAUCGUUGAAGAAAAGUUCUGGCAGCAGCAACAGGGCCACAAAAUUGGUAAGGUUUUCCUCUUUUUAGGAUCGAGACAUAAAAGAGAAGAAUAUCUUUACGGUGAAUUGUGGGAAGCUUACAAGGAUGCUGGUAUUAUUACCCAUAUAGGUGCCGCGUUUUCCAGAGACCAGCCACAUAAGAUUUACAUUCAAGACAGGAUUCAUGAAAGUCUGGAGGACCUAAAGGUCGCGAUGGCCGAUGAAAAGGGAUCCUUCUAUUUAUGUGGCCCUACAUGGCCUGUUCCAGACAUUACACAGGCCCUGCAAGCCAUCAUCAAAGCUGAUGCUGAAGAAAGAGGUGUAAAGGUGAACUUGGAUGAAGCCAUCGAGGAACUGAAGGAUACUUCUCGUUACAUUCUGGAAGUUUAUUGA